AAAUUUUUGUUAUAGUGGUCGUUGUUAUUAAUAAUAAUUGGUAAAUUAUGAUGGUUUCAAAACUUUUUGCAGUGAUUGUCAUCAGUAUCUUGACAAUUUUUUCAACAUAUGUAUUAGGAAAUGAGAAGAUAUGUAGAUUUAUGACCCCGAGACUUGAUGGUUUAAUACGUCUCCAGGCUCGUAGUUUAUGGAAUCCAUUAACUGGAUAUUUUUGCUACAACUAUACAGGAGAUUAUCGUUUAAAUUUUAUAUAUCAAACUGAAAUUAUAGAAAUUAAUGGCUCUGCGAUCAAUGUUACAUGGAUUGAUAACAAUUCUUAUUUCUUGUAUGACUAUACAAAUGAAACGUCGUUAGACUACAUUCGGCGCUCUUUCAAAAAAGACAUAUUUUUUGAAAAAUGGAAAACUUGCUGCCGCGAAGCUGCUCACUGCUGUGAUGUCCAUAUGACAAGUGAAAAUAUUUAUCCAAAUAUCGACUAUCCUUGUCCAGCUGUCUGGGACAGCUGGACAUGUUUUCUCCCUGCAAAGGCUGACACCAUAUCGAGAGAACUGUGUCCAACGGUGACCUUUUCAGCCGAAACCCGAGCAUGUGAAUUGUUCAGUAAAAAAACGUGCUUUUCUGGUGGCUACUGGAACCCUACCACAGACUAUGAAACCACUUGUGCUCUUGCCCCAAUUCUUCUCCCUCGCCAUGAUUUCCACGUCACAAUUUUGGCAGUAUCAGCAGCUUUAUGUGUACCUGCUGUACUAAUAUUUUUUAGUUUUCGAAAUUUCCGUCAAAAAGUGAUGUUUAUUUUGCACAGGAAUUUAAUUUUGGUUAUCGUAGUGAGAAAUUUGUUGACUAUUAUGUCUAAGGAAAUUAUCUUGAAAGAUGAAUUGAUAUCUGCAGAUCUGGAUACAGUGAUGAGCAGAAAUAGUGUAUCUUGCAGGAUUUUGGCUUUUUUCGAGAACGUGGCCAAAAAUGGAAUUUUUAGUUGUAUGUUGGCUGAUGGUUUCUACUUGCAUAAAUCCAUCGUCAGACCGUUUACUGCUGACCCGAAGCUUGUUUUUAUAUAUUCUGCAGUUUUAAUAUUUUCAUUUUUACCAUCUUUGGUAUGGGCUCUUCUGAGAGGUUUAGAUCAUGGGACUCACUGUUGGAUGGUCGAUAAUUCUAACCACCAGUGGGUUUCAGAUGGAUUUCGUUUAGGCAUUUUAGGCAUAAACACUUUUCUCUUGCUGGAUAUUAUAAGAGUUAUAGUGAUGAAACUGAGAGACAGGGGAAUUUCUGAACAAGCCAAGACAACAUUUCGAGUGACUUUAUUUUUAAUUCCACUUUUUGGUAUCCACAUUAUCGUCAUUUCAAAUCGUGACAUAGUACCCAGCAACACGUGUUCAGCACAAGAUAUAUAUUAUUACAUCAGCUACAUGUUAGAGGGAUUUCAAGGAAUAAUUGUAGCUUUUCUAUUUUGUUACACCAAUUCUGAGGUACAUCAUGAAUUAAUGAAUGCCAUGAGGAAGAUAUAUAUUUCUUUCCAACAACGUUUAGACAAUAAUUUGAAUAACAAAAAUUUGGCGAAAAGAAGACCUACAACAGCAACUUACGUUGAAUCGGUAUCUGAUUGAGUCGCAUUUUUGUUAAUUAAUAUAUUUUUUUAUUUCGAAAAUACUUAUAUCAUAUAAUUACCA